AUGAGCUCUCCUCCGGGCUCGACGACGAAGCGACAGCGUCUGUCGUCCAUGCGGCAGUCGAUCCGCACACCCUUGCGGACAUCGCAGCAUGGAGCAUCGGCCAUCCCAGUGCCGUCGCAAAGCAACCACGGCACCAAAGGCGCCGCCUCACAGCCGACCUAUGACUUCUUAAGUGGCGACACCGAGAACAACCCACCAGCCAAAAGGACCAUGCUUAGGAAGUCGUCCUUUUCGAACAUCAACCAUGCCGAAAACGAGAACUAUCGCGCCAAAGCCAUGGGGCUUGAGUACGAACUCAAGAAUCUGCAGCAGGAGCGUAAUAUGCUCAAGUUACAGCACGAGAAAGAGCUCCGGGACGUGCAGGCUCGAGCAGAUGCCGACUUCAAGAAGUAUCAGAGUGCUGAAAGCGCUUCGCAGAAAGCAACGCUGCGAUACGAUGCUCUUCAGAAAGAGAUGCGCGAUGUGCAAGAUCAGAUCAUCAACGAAAAGGCUGCGCUGGAACGGAAGCUACGCGACAUGCAAGAUCAGAACGCUGCGCUCAAGGAGGACUCAGAAGACGCGGAGGGCAGGCUUGCAGACUCCGAGCGGCAUUACAAGCAUCAGCUGCACGACGUCGAGGGAAAGCGUGUCGCGCUGCAGGAGACAGUGGAUAAGCUGAGAGAGGACUUAGCACGGCUGACUGGAGAUUUCGAGAAUUCUCAGACCCGGCUUGCUCAGCGAGACGCGGAAGUCGCUGGCUUGGAAGCGCAGGUCGUGGAUCUGAAGACACACACGGGUGACAGCGACGCUUUGGGCGUUCUACAGACGCAGUUGUCUGAGCAAGUGACGCAUAUUCGCAAUCUGGAGAUCACGAAUCGAGAGCAGGGAGUGGAAUUACGUCGGCUUCGCGACGCACACCGCAGUGUUCAAGUCGUCGAAGAGCAGAAACGAGGCCUGGAAACAGAGCUGCAGGUGCUCCAAGAUGUCGAACGACAACUGGGCGAGGCGCAAAUUCAGAAAGAGAUACUUCAGGAUGAGAAGCGUCAGUGGACUAGUCUUCUUGAGCAGAACGGAGAGCAGCCCGAAUUCGAGUCGCCCGAAGCGGUCGUGAAAGCUCUUGUUGAGACACGUCUUGAGGUCACAACUUUAUCGGAACGGAUAGGCCUCGCUGAGACCGAUCUGGCUGAGAAAGACGGCAUGUUGACCACAAUCGACGCCGAGCGCAAUGCUUUGAAGGAUGAGCUGCGGAAAGCCAAAGAGGCGACCCCGCCAACCACUUCAGAUUCGACCGACAAUAAGGCGUACAAGCGGCUGGAACGCGCAAAGGCUCUCGCUGUCAAGGAGACAGACUAUCUGCGUGCUCAACUUAACUCGUUGAACGACGAAGAGACGAGCGAGAACCCGAACUACGACGGUCAGCGUGCCGAGCAGAUUAAGCAACUGGAGUCGUUAGUAGAUCAAUACAAGACCGAGAUCGCCACACUGCACGCAGAUAUCAGCAAGCUUGAGCAAGUGCCGGCCAGCGAACCUAGGGGGACGAAACGGCCCGCAGAGAGCCAAGAGCCGGAUGCUGAGACGUCAGAACAGCUGGGUCCACUACUUCGCAAGAACAAGCAUCUGCAAGUGGCUUUGCAGAAGACUGGACAGCAAUCGAAGAUGCUUGCAACCGAGCUGCAAGCGGCCAAGGCGCAGCUGAAGUCGUUGCGUGAGAGCAGCAAGACUCGCGUGUUGGAACUGCGGGACAACCCGACAGCGAAGGCUGAAGCGAUCAAGAUGUCGACGUUGAGAACGCUCAAGGAAGAGAAUACCAACCUGCUCAGCCAAUUGCGGGGCGAGGACUUGCAGGGCGUCAAGGUCGUCCCCGUUAGUACCGUGGACGCGCUCAAACUCGACAUGGAGGAGAUGCAAAUCGUCCUUGCCGAGAAGGACAAGACCAUGCGCCGACAACGAGAAAUCUGGACACAAAAGGCAGCCGAGUUCCGGGAUGUGAUCGCGUCGGUCCUCGGUUGGCGCAUCAUAUUCCUGCCCAAUGGAAAGGCCAAGGUGUCCAGCGUCUUCUACGGAAAGGAAGGUGAAGCCGACGACGAAGAUGCAGACGAGCAUUCUAUCACUUUCGAUGGCGAGAACGGAACCAUGAAGAUCAGUGGUGGUACCACUGGUCCGUUCGCACAGGAAAUUAAGGAGCAAGUCGACUUCUGGGUGAAGGAGAAGAAAGAGAUACCAGGAUUUUUGGCUGCAUUGACGAUUCAAUUUCACGAUGAAUAUCGUAGUCGGUAG